AUGAAAAUUACCGUGACCACGCUUAACGACGACAUCUUUAUUCUUGAUGUUUCUGAAGAACUGGAACUAGAAAACUUUAAGGCUUUCUGCGAAAUUGAAUCAGGAUUUCCCGCGAAAGAUAUCAGUCUAAAUUUUAAUGGUAAACCUUUACUUGACGACAAGAAGUCCCUCAAAGAACUUGGCGUUAAUGAUGGGGACAUCAUCAUUUUAAUCCAUCUGGUACAAUCGGCUUCUAAUUUAAAUAAUCGCGAUGCCAACCAAGCAAUCCCAUCAAAUUUGGCAAAUCUAGACUUUAGUAGCAUCAGAGUCCCAUCAAGUGCGGGCACAUCAAUGGCUUCAAGAGCAACGCCUGUAGAAGAGGAUCCUCGAGUUAUUAGAGAAAUGUUUUUGGCAAACCCAAAUGAGAUUGCCUUACUUAAACAAAACAACCCUGCCUUAGCUGAUGCUCUCCUAAGUGGAAAUCUUGACACAUUUGCUUCUGUUCUGCGUGAACAAAUAGCGGCAAGGACAGAACGGCAACAACAGAGAAUCAGAAUGAUGAACUCAGAUCCAUUUGAUACUGAAGCUCAACGGAUGAUUGCUGAAGAGAUACGGCAAAAGAACAUAGAAGCAAAUAUGGAAGCUGCUAUGGAAUAUAAUCCUGAGACAUUUGGAACAGUUGUUAUGUUGUAUAUCAACUGCCAUGUAAAUGGAUUUCCAGUAAAAGCUUUCAUUGAUUCUGGCGCACAAACUACAAUAAUGUCCUCUGCUUGUGCUGAACGAUGCAAUAUAAUGCGCCUUGUUGACACAAGAUGGGCUGGCAUAGCGAAAGGUGUUGGUGUUCAAAGAAUUAUAGGACGUAUCCACAUGGUCCAAAUGAGAAUUGAAAAAGACUUUUUGACUACAUCAUUUUCUGUUUUAGAAGAACAGCCGAUGGAUAUGCUUCUAGGCCUUGAUAUGCUUAAGCGGCAUCAGUGUAAUAUAGAUUUGAAGAGGAAUGUACUUGUUAUUGGUACGACUGGUACUGAAACGCCGUUCCUCUCUGAAUCCGAACUACCAGAGUGUGCUCAAUUGGUUUCUGAAGACGAAAUUGUCAACCAAUCAUGUCGCGAUCAAAAGGACCGCGAAGGAAAGGAGGCAGCUGAGAAAUCCAAACAAGAAGCGAGACAAAUCCAAAGAUCGACUUCGAGUGGUUCGCCCUCAACUAGUACGAGAGUUGGUCUGGGUGAUCCAAGUCAAACGAUCCUGCCCACAGACACAUUUCGCGAGACUGAUGUUGAGGAAAUAGUUAACCUCGGUUUUACUAGACAGCAGGUUAUAGUUGAACUUCGUCGAUUCAACGGAGACAAAACACAAGCUACUGUGGCACUCUUCGCUAAAUCUCUCAAAUUUUGA